AUGAAGCAGAGACGAGUGGACGAAGCAGAGACGAGUGGACGAAGCAGAGACGAGUGGACGGAGCAGAGACGAGUGGACGAAGCAGAGACGAGUGGACGAAGCAGAGACGAGUGGACGAAGCAGAGACGAGUGGACGAAGCAGAGACGAGUGGACGAAGCAGACGAGUGGACGAAGCAGACGAGUGGACGAAGCAGAGAUGA